CUCAGAGCUUGUUGGGUGAUCCAGCUGCGGCUGCCAACGUGGAACCUGAAUGGAAAAGUUGCAGAAGCACCUGGCUUCCCCCAGGAGCACCGGCGUCUCGUCUUGGGGCUCUGGGGCCCCCGGAUCUCCCUCCAGCAUCACGGCCAAGAUGGACAACGAAGUUCUUGGCUACAAGGACCUGGCAGCCAUCCCCAGGGACAAGGCGAUCCUGGACAUCGAGCGCCCUGACCUGAUGAUCUACGAGCCCCACUUCACCUACUCCCUCCUCGACCACCUGGAACGGCCGAGGAGCCGAGAGCCCUCGCUCUCGCCCACGUCUCUCUCUCCUCCCCCGUCGCCAGAAGUCAGCCACGAGUGGGCAGAGGCCAAAUCCCCAGGAAGCGUUGGGAAGGCCUCCGGGCGCCGGGCUGGCAGCAGGAACCGCUCUGGACUCCAGCACUUCCAUCAUCCCGAGAGCAACACCACGGAGCCGAACAUCUACAAGAAGCCACCCAUCUACAAGCAGAGGGAGCCUGGGCCGGCCCCGACCCCCGAGAGCAAGCGGAUGAUGGAGGGCCUGAUCAUUGAGUCCUCCAAGUUCCCUGCCGCUCAGCCGCCGGAUCCCAGCCAGCCAGCCAAGAUUGAGACCGACUACUGGCCCUGCCCGCCCUCCCUGGCCGUUGUGG